UUAGAUACCUGUACCAGCAGGCCCUCAGCGUCAAAGGCGUUACACCUUCCCUGCCAGGUUAAAGGUGUGUGUAGGAGGAAAGUUACUGUUCACAGACACCACAACCACGACUAUAUUGUACCUCCUUACAGAACAUUCCCAGGGAUGUAACAUGCCAAAACUUUUGUUUUCAAAGAUCCGGUUUAAUGAAAUUAGGGAUCUGAUUCAAAAUGUGAAGCGGCCCAGAAGAAUUGAUAUUGUUCUUAAUGGAAGGCGGCAGAAGAAGGACAUCCAGCCUCGCACAGUACAAAACAUAAAUGAUGAGACAUAUCCUUCAAAAAUCAGUUGGCAGACUGAUCAUAAACUCCACCCGACUAUGGAAACAUUGCUACACAAUAAAAAAUAUUUAGCAGCAUUCCGCAGCUUCUUGCAGUCUGAGUUCAGUGAAGAAAACAUCGACUUUUGGCUCGCAUGUGAAGACUUUAGGUGGACCACCUCACAGGACGAUCUUCGCUGGAAAGCAGAGGGGAUCUACCAGGAGUUCAUCCAGCCUUCGGCCUGCAGAGAGAUCAAUGUUGACCAUCACAUUAGAGAGAGGAUCAAGAAGUCUUUGGAGAAGCCGAGCCACUCCUGCUUCGAUGAGGCCCAGAAACAUGUUUAUCUGCUGAUGGAAAGAGACUCUUGCCCCAGAUUCCUGCAGUCAGAUGCAUACCUGAGUCUAAAGCACAAAUCCAGGAGUCUGUGGUACAUUUAGCUCAAAAAAACUGUAUCAAAAGUGAUUUUCUAAUCCUCGCUUUUUCUUUCUAUUUGGCUGAAUUGAAAAGUUAUUUCACACUGUAUGAGAUGUGAAGCCUGGAUCAAAACAGUUAUUUUAAGGGCAGAGCAUCUUAACCUAGACUGAAACAAUGUUUUCAACCAUGUGCAACAUCAACCUCUUUUAUAUGAGGGAAAGAUGAUGUAUUGAUGAAAUGUUGUGGAAAAUGACAAAGCAGGAAGAGAGACAAGUAACGUGAGUGGGGAAAAGUAUAUGUACGUAGGAGAGAAAGAAUGCUGUUGGUAGUACUUACGACGAUUGUGCAGAGUAUGGAGUUGAAUAAAAAUGACCUAGUUUUCAUUAAAAGUUUCAUAAAUGGGAAUUAAAUUCAAAGUUUUACAAAAUCGUGACAUCUUGACCAUCUUUGGAUACAGUUCGUGAGAUGCGUAAGUUGUCACCCAUCGUCUGUAACUAUUCUUAAUAUUCUGACUAUUUUCCAUAUAGUCAUCGUUUUGAGACAGAUUUAUAUUUAUCUGACUGACAGUCUAACUGGAGGUGUGGGGAUGGGCAUGAGUCAAAACAAAAAAAGAGAACAGUUUCCACAGCUCACCCAGCAAGGAGAUUCUGUCUUUGGUCACGUGUCUUAUAUAUCCUCUAAUUAGGUGCAUAGAUGACUCCACACACCAGCAAUAGGGUUUACUUAAACUGGAAAAAAGUAACCCUGCGGUAACCCUUGAUCUCACACUGUUCUGUAAAUGGCCUUAUUCCUAAAAAUUGUGCCUUAAAAAGGAGUACUGAGGCAGCUAAUAAUAACUCGGAGGGCUUAAACGACAACACUGGAGUCAUCAGACAACCUCAUGCUUAACAGAUCAGGCUGGAUGUGCUGCCUUGUUAGGGGAAUAAUCUCAUCACCCACAGACAAUGAUGGCAGAGAUACACAAGUGCUUUGCUGAGAGAAAUAACCUGAAAGAUGUAGUAGUACUUUGGGAAAAGAUCAUAUUGUUCCAAUUAAAGUAUUAAAAAAGUGGAGAAUAAAACCCGAGGAUAAGCGUUUCAUAAUUCACGUGAAUAAAGGUUUAUGUGUUAUGGGUGAAACUUUACAAAGCUUGUUUUGUUUCAGUCUAUCCAGUCAUACGUAAGAAAUGGCAUGAAGCAAAAAAGAAAAUAUGAAAUGUGAAGUGAGCUUUAGUUGUUGUCAUUCUCAUUUUUUGCCCAUAAAACACUUCAUCACUCCACACUU